ACUUCUAUGCCAAGUGAAUCAACUAAGUGCAGUACCUCACCCGUACCCAAAUCUAGUGGCACGUCAGAACGGAGCGUUGCAUCAGAGCAAAAAGAAUGUCUUCUGAAACACAUCCACGACACAUCCACCGAGCUCACCGUCACUCUUCCGCCGCCGAGCGUGCCCAUCGACAUCGACUUGCGACUUGCCGUACUAGACCUUGAGGAUGCGAUCGGGCAGCUCGAGACUCCCGAGAACCGAUUGCAGGCCAGCGGCCAGGACCUACACGGGGAAGAUUUUGUAGCGUUGAGGAAGCACAAGGAAAACAAGGUAUCGCAGUUGCAGCGGGAAAUUGUGUCGCGCGCGGACGUGCUAUUGCACAAUGAGACAGAGUUCGGUGAGGUUGUCGCUAAGCUGCGCGUUAGGCUCGCUUUGUAUGAUCAGCUUGCAUAGUGCCACAGUCAAAUUUACCGUAGCUCUCACGUCCUGUGGUUUAGUUCGCCAAGCCCAUGCUGUUGACGUCAGAGAGCCCGAAGCGCAUGGUGCCACAAAGCUCUUUGGAAGCGCCCCAAACCCCAUGUUGUCCUCCACGAUCUUUUUCCCUCAUCCCGACGAGGUGACGCGUACGAAGCGUGGGGGCAACAUACGCGAAAGAGACUAAAGUUGACGAUCUCGAGUGCGCGGGCCGCUUCAUUCUUGGCUAAGACCUUACGCUCUCACGAGCGCCACCAUGUGUGUUAGGGUCUGGUGGUCUGCUGACGAUCGCCGAGUCUGUCAAGCCUUCCAUCGUAAUUCAGGUCAAGCAUCAGGUGGUGGUCGUUCCAUUGCCCGUCUGGCUCGGUCCGUCCACUCAAAGCUGGAGCUCUAUAUGAAGCAUCAAGUGAUAGACAUCCAAUGAACGUCUUUCCGAAUCUCCCCUCUCCCAUCUCGACGUUACUGGUUGAAGGAUGCGUCGGAUACUGGUCACACUUGCAGCUAGCCUUGAGCUUGCGUUGGCUGUCGACCCGCUCGUCGACUUGGGUCAUACCCAGUAUCAGGGUAUUGCGCUCUCCAAUGGUGUCAGUCAAUGGCUCGGCAUGCGCUUCGCCGCACCACCCACAGGUGACUUGCGGUUCAGCGCACCCGCAGACCCGCCGCCCAACGACACAGUUCAAAUAGCCAACACGCAUGGACCGUUGUGCUUCUCCACCGGUGCAGGAUUUCCUCAGUCCGGGCACGCCGAGGACUGCCUCUUCUUAGACGUCUACGCUCCUUCACAUGCAACAACCGACUCCAAGCUGCCCGUGAUGUUCUUCAUCCAGGGCGGUGGCCUCAACGAUCUCUCGAAUGCAGAUUAUAACGGAUCGCAGCUCAUUGAGGCCGCCGACUUCCAAAUGAUCGUCGUAACCCACAACUACCGCGUCGGUACAUUCGGGUUCUUGGCAAGCGCGGAAAUUCAGGCCAAUGGUAGCAUCAACAACGGGUUCUUGGACCAGAGGAAGGCGUUGCAGUGGGUACAAGACAACAUUGAGCAGUUCGGUGGUAAUCCCAAACAUGUCGUCCUCAGUGGCGAUAGCGCCGGGGCUCAAUCGAUCACUGUUCAUUUGACUGCGUUCGGAGGUUCACACACAGACCUCUUCCACGGCGUCAUAGCCGAGUCCCAAUCUUUCCCGCCCAUCUUCAACGUAUCCGGUAUGCAGUUCGCGUACGAUGCGCUCGUCGAAAGGACUGGCUGCGAUAACGGGUCGGACACAUUGGCUUGUCUGCGGGUAUUGGACAUCGCUACUCUCCAGAAUGCGAGCAUCGCUAUUCCGUACCCUGGGAGGAACGGUACUCCAAACUUCCUGUAUGGCGCCAUCGUAGACGGCGACUUGAUUCCGGACAUUCCAUAUAAUCUCUUCGCACAGGGCCAGUUUGUCGACGUGCCAUCUGUGUUCGGAGACGAUACGAAUGAGGGAACAGUCUUCACUCCAAAUAACCUUAACUCGACAGAGGAUAUGAACAAUUUCCUGCUGGACAAUUUCCCGUUCCUUACCGAAGAUGACCUGUCCACCAUUGAUGCCAACUACCCAGUCGCCGACCAGUUCCCUGAUCAUGGAGAGUUCUACUUCAACGCGGCUUCUGCCUACGGAGAGACGCGCUACAUCUGCCCAGGCAUCUUCGUGAGCGACUCGCUCCUCCAAUACAACACGCAGCCUGUCUGGAACUACCACUACAACGUAACAGACCCGACUGAGCUCGAAGAAGGUCUCGGUGUCCCCCACACGAUCGAAAUCAACGCAAUAUGGGGGUUGAACAGCACGACGGGCACGCCACCUGCCAGCUACUUCACGACAAACGCGAAUAUAAUUCCCGUCAUCCAGGGCUACUGGACGAGCUUCAUCCGCACGCUCGAUCCCAACACCUUGAGAGCGGAUGGGACGCCGAGGUGGACAAAGUAUGACAGCGUGCACAGGAUUUUGUUUGAGACCAAUAAUACGCGGAUGGAGGAUAUUCCGCGUACUCAACGCCAGAGAUGUAACUUCUUGGCGCGCAUUGCUCCCAGCCAGCAACAGUAGAGUCUGUUUGCUUGUAACAAGCUUGGAAAUAAGGAUUCGG